AUGAUUCCGGAAGGUUCUUCUUCAGGUCUGACUGUGCAGGAGAAGAAUGACACUCCUGUGGAUAUUACAGGGAGUCCUACACCUCCACCUCCCCUUGUUGCUGAAAUCCUAGAAGUUGAUGCUCCGUCUCCUCGCAAGUUGGAGGAACCUGUUUUAGUACCACAAACGAAUAUGUUUGCGGUACUACAGGAGAUUGAUGAUGAUGUUGAAAAUGAACGAACCUUGGCAGAAGAUAAUGAUGGGAUUGAGAAUGUUUUUACUGAGGUGAGGGAAGAUCAGAUGCCCAUUACUAGUAAUGAUGAUGCUGUGGAAACGGUUGCUGCUGAUAAGAAGUACUUCCCGGAUGAUUCUUUUGUGCCAACGCAAGUUGAUUGUGAAGAGGAUAAUCAAGUUUUUGAUGGAGUUUGGUCGGAAGGUGAAAAAGAUGCUACUGAAGUAAUUGUCAAAGACCAAGGCGCGACUUCGGUUCAGAAAAAGCACGGCCGGAAGUCAAAAGCUAAGAAAGCUAAUAUGAUUGAAGGAGGUGAUUUCAAUGUCAUCCGGUCCUCGGAUGAAUACUCUUGGAAUUCACUGCAAGACUUUGCAGCUAUUGAUGAGUUUAAUCAGUGUAUUGAAGUGAAUAACCUAAUGGAGGUUCUCCUAUUUGUGAUACUCUUCUCCCCUGAAUGGAUUGAUGUGUUUCUAAAGGUUUCUGUGGAGCAUCUACCCCAGACAAUGUCUGAUCACAGCCCUUUGUUGCUGAUAUUUGAUGUUCAAACGGAGGACAAGCCGAGAUUGUUUAGAUUCCAGAAAAUGUGGGUAAGAAGGUCUAAUUUUAAGGAGUUAGUCCAAGAAAGUUGGUCACAGCCGGUUGAAAGUUUUGGAAUGAUGGCUUUUUCUAUGAACCUGAGGCGGCUGAAAUUUGUCCUUAAAGAAUGGAAUAAAAAGCAAUUUGGUGAUGCCUUUCAAAACUUGAGGUUGGCGGAGGAGAAGAUGGAGGUUUUGGAGUCAACAUAUGAUCACUCGGGGAAUGCAUCUGACCGGCAACGCUUAAAUGCGGCUAAUGCAGAAUUAUGAAAUUGAGAGAGCAUGAUGAUUUUUGGACGCAAAAAAUGCGCUUAAAAUGGUUGAAAGAGGGGGAUGAAAUUACAGCAUAUUUUCACGCUACAUUAGCUGAAAGGCGAAUGAAGUUUGGGCUGCAAAAGAUACAAACGGAGGAUGGAAGAGUCUUGACAAAGCUAGAGGAUAUUGAAAAGGAAGUGGUGGCCUUUUUUCAGAAUCUCUUGACUAAGGAACCGGCUCAUUGUUGACAGCAUGAAAAACAAAUGGCUUUUUGACAAGAAAUGGAUGAUGAGCUGAAUUUGGAAGAUGAGGAAAUGUUGAUGAAACCAAUCACAAUGGAGAAGGUAAAGGCUGCGACUUUCAAUCUUGAGGAAGAUAGCGCGGCGGGAAUGGAUGGGUUUGGGGGCUAUUUUUACAGGUCUUGUUGGGAGAUAAUUGCGGAUGACUUGUUUGCAGCUUGUUAAGAAUUUAUGGGAGGUGUGUCAUUGCCGAGAACGGUUGCAAGUAUGGUCAUUACUUUAAUCCCUAAGAAGCCUUCGGUUACUACUUUCUCAGACUUCUGGCCAAUUAGUUUGUGCAAUUUCCUUAACAAGGUCUUCACAAAAAUCCUAACUGAGAGGUUGAAGGUGGUGUUACCAAAAACUAUCUCUAAGGAGCAGUCAGCGUUUUUGUCUGGAAGGGAUAUUAUUACUGAUGUUGUUUUGGCGCAAGAUCUAUGCCAAUUUAUAAACCACAAGGCGGCGGGAAUAAUGUGGCUCUGAAGAUUGAUAUGAUGAAG